UCUUAUAAGUCGUCGUUAUCAAACAAAAACCAUCGUCAUUACCAUCAUCAUCAUCAAUAAUAUGGAGACCAUCAUCCCUACCGACCAUCAACCUUACCAACCUUCCUCUGUGUUUGCCAACCGACCAAGGCAUGUCCCAAGAAACCUUAUCGACUUAUCGACCAACCAACUGACCAAAGAGUCACACAAUCAACCAACCGUCCAAACUCCAAACUAUUCCAGCAACAUACCGAUCUAUGGACAUACCGACCAGCAGGACUGAAGGAUGGCUAAACCAACCAACCUGCUGACCUCAGCCGACCAAAAGAACAAUAAACCAACCAACCAAACCACAUGCAAACCAACCAGUGAUGGUUCUAGACCACUUUUACUGAGGGGGCCAAACUGGGGCCAGUUGUUUUGUCAGAGGGGAACAUUAAACCCAGCGUCUCUCUGGUACAGACGUGUAGCGAUGGUGUAUGCUCAGUCUUCAAAUACAGUCGGUGUCAACCCAUCCCUCUACUCUCCAUCUUUCACCUAUCAGAUGUCAUUUAACUACUCAGUGAAGGAAAACGCGACUGUCCUGGCAACCUUACCCACAACCCCCCUCUGCAGCCUCGAGGGCCAGCUGAACAGGACCUCGGCCUCCUAUGAGCUGACGACGGGCGAGGCGGUCGUCCUGGGCUUGGUUUUCGGGGUCCUCUGGUUGGUCUCCAUCCUGGGAAAUGCCCUCGUCUGCCUGGUCAUCCACCGGAGCCGGCGGACUCAGUCCACCACCAAUUACUUUGUGGUAUCUAUGGCCUGUGCGGACCUGCUCAUGAGCCUGGGUUGCGCCCCGUUCAUCCUUCUUCAGGUCGCUGCGGGACAAUGGCCGCUGAGCGCCGCGGCCUGCAAGAUCGUGCGCUACCUGCAGCACCUGUGCGCCGGCGUGCAAGUCUACGUCCUGCUCUCCAUCUCUGUGGACCGCUUCUACACGAUCGUCUACCCGCUCAGCUUCAAGGUGUCCAGAGAGAAAGCCAAGAAGAUGAUCCUGGCCUCGUGGCUGUUCGACGCCGCCUUUGUGUCGCCCUGCCUCUUCUUCUACGGCUCCAUGUCUUCAGUCAGCGGUCACUGUGACUUCUUUCUCCCAGACAGCUGGGGCAGUAUAACCUACGCCGCCGUUCACCUCCUGUUUGGUUAUCUGGUCCCGGUUGGGCUGCUGGUGUCGUUCUACCAGCGGGUGGUUCGCUACAUCUGGAGGAUCAGCGCCGACGGACGCACGGUGCGCCGGACGAUGAACAUUGUCCCGCGGACUAAAGUCAAGACCAUCAAGAUGUUCCUCAUGCUCAACACAGUGUUCUUCCUCACGUGGACGCCCUUCUACAUCGCCCAGCUGUGGCACCCCAGGGAGUCCGACGGACCCGGUAGGCGGGGCCUGCUGUUCUUCACGGCCAUCGCCUGGAUCUCCUUCAGCUCCUCGGCCUCCAAACCGACCCUGUACUCGGUCUACAAUGCAAACUUCAGACGGGGCAUGAGGGAGACCUUCUGCAUGUCGUCGAUGAAAUGUUACCGCAGCAAUGCGUACACCAUCACGGCCAGCUCCCGCAUGGCCAAAAAGAACUACAUCGGGGUCGUGGAAAUCCCGGCGCAGGCUAAGACGGGUACAAAGGACUCGGUUUACGAUACGUUUGACCGAGAGGGGAAGGAAAAGAAGGUCGCCUGGACCACCAACGCCAACCCUCCAAAUACUUUUGUCUAAGUGAGUCGGGACGGUCUCAGACUUUGAACGUAGAAAUGAACUGAAACAGCACAGUGUCAGUGUUGACAGGUGAGCUAGCUGGGACUAACAUGCUAGCCUCCCCCCCAAAAAACAAGUCUCUCACAGGAACAGAAUGUUUUCAGUUGGUAAAAAAGGGCUUUUUUCAGAUGUAACCAGCUGGCCGGCAGCCAUAUUGGAAGUUCUCAGCAGCUCUGAUGAGCUAGCUGGUUUUAUAUUUCAGAUUGUAGUCAUCACUUAUUGUGCUGUGUUUUGAUGAUUUGGUUUUUUUGGUAUUGUUUUAUCAGAUCUUGCGUUAUGAUGUCAGCUUGUCAGCUAGCUAACCCUCGUCUGUGGCCUCUAUCGGUGACCUGCUGUCGAUGCAUCUAAUGGCUUCAGUCGUGUGUUUGGUAGAAGCUAACGUCCGUUGUGGCUACUCGCUGUGUGUUAACAUCAUCAUCUUUGUUACACUGCAGCUGUCAUGAUACCAGAUUUUUAAACCUCGAUAUGAAGAUAUUUUAAAUAAAAUGAUAUCGAUAUCGAUUUCAAUACAACGACAACAAAAGGUUGUUGUUUUUGUUUUUUAUUCCUAAACUUCCGGUAAACUCCUUCAAUCUUCUUUUUUAUGGUUUACACUUGUCUUAUAUCGAAGUUUAAAGUUCUGUUACCAUGACAACCCUACUUCUUCAUACUCACUAUGAAUUCAGUCGAGUCGUGAGAUGCUUAAACGUAACACUACAUGUGGUAUCAGAUGUUUGUCGAGAUAAUGUGUUAUGAACAAAUGAAUUAUUCUUUUAUAAAUAUAAUAAUUAGUAAAAUCAGCAAA